UCCUUGACAACAUCGCAUUCGGAUAUGUUGUGUUGUCAGCUUACUAGUCGAUAAGAGGUGAUACCACGAACAUUCCACAUCUCAGUUUACUUUUGUACUCAUGACACGUUAAAGUUUAGUUUUAAAAAUGAUUUCGUUAAAAUUAGCUCUAGUUUUACUUUCUCUCUCUGCAUCAGCCUUAUCUGUUAGUGUCACUUCCAGUCUAAAACCAAGUGAUCGAGCCAAAUUCAAGCAGAUUUUCACAGCAUCACUUGAUUCAAAUGAUGUAGCAAGUGUGUAUUAUUCAGUUUUAGGACUGAAAGACCUUGGUGAGGCGAUACCAAAGCAGCAGGCUAUUUGUGCACUUGUGGCGAAUUCGCUGAAAACCACUACCUCUGUGGAGAAUUCCUUUUAUGCGAGCUCUACUUACCAAGCUUUAAGUAAUUGCAAGGAAACCAUUCAUGUAGCUAAUUUAAUCAAGAAAUUCAAAGAUGUCCUAGCAGAUUCAACCUCUUCUGUACCUGAUCUAUAUUUUGCUGCUCAAGGUUUAAAAGAUCUCAACCAAGCAGUUCCUCACACAGAUGUUGUCAAGACUAUUCAAACAGCCUUAAAAACCGAUGACACCCUAGUGAACCUGGGAUAUGUUUUCCACAUCGCUUCAUUCCUUGGUUCAAAUGGAGCAUUUGCUUAUAAUCGCAUUGAGGAUGCAAUUGUUCAGGCUGACGAAGUAGACGGGAAAUUUUUACAAUUUGAAGGUGGACUCAGUAUCACAGCACUGAUAAUUAACGGAGCAUACAAAUUGGGGACAUCAUUGAACAAAGCCCCUCAGCUUUCUCCAGACCAAGCUAUUAAAUUUGCCAACUAUUUUCUGUCAAGAAGGUCCGUUCAAUUGCCCAAAGGUGCCUACUUCCUUCUCAAUGUUUUGAAGACAUUAGCUGACAAUAAGUUCCAAAUUCCUGUCGUUAUCGAAAUUGCGGAAACUGCAACAAUCAGUUCCUCAAACCCUUCAUUGAACGUUCAUGUAUCUGACGUACUUGGCAAUGCCUUGACAGCUCCUCUAACUGUGACAGCAGAAUCCGCUACACGGCUCUCAGAUAAUGUUGUUGUUUUAUCUAAAAAGAAACUUGAACAGACUCCAGCUAACAGUAAAAUUUAUGGUGUCAACAUCUUAGAUGCCAAGUUAGAUGCUGGUCUGUAUCGUGUUUCCAUCAGUGCAGUCCCCAACAAAGCAGACCCUCGGUUAAUUGGCAAUGUUGGUACGACGGUCAUCAUUAAAGUGACAUGUCCCGUCAGUGUCCAAAAUGUACAAAUCGGCAUAGUAGAUUCAGACCAGACCUCAGCUCCCAAGUUGAAUGAUUUGGUUUUCCCGACACGAUUAGGCUCUGUCUUAUCAGCUGAUGUAUCUCAAAGAUUGAUCCUGAAAUUCGGUUUGAAGAAUAAGGCGUCAGGAAAAGCUCUUUCAGUCCAUCAGGCUUUCGUCAAAUUCACUAACCUUGCAAGUCAGCAGGAAAUAACCUUCCUUGCCGAGUCAUCCUCAGACAAUAAUUACAAAUUUGAUAUCGAUUUCAAUAGCAAGAGUUCUUUGUUUGAACAUAAAUCGGGAGACUACAUGAUUUCCUUGAUUGUCGGAGACGCAAUCCUUUCUGACUCCUUCUUAUGGGAUAUGGCUAAAGUACAGUUGAAAUUCCCAUCUGACGCCCCUGAUGCUGCCAAAUCAAGUACAGAUAUCUACAAACCGAAACCUGAGAUUCAACACUUAUUCCGUGAACCAGAGCCGCGACCAAGAGCUGCUGUAUCUACGUUUUUCACCGGUCUUGUGAUAUUGCCCCUUUUAAUCUUACUCGGGCUGUGGGUGAAGCUGGGCGUCAACAUUAAAAAUUUCCCAUUCUCUCUGAGUGCUGUUCUAUUUCAUCUGGGUCUAGGCGCUAUCUUCGGUCUUUUCACACUGUUCUGGUUGAAGCUUAACAUGUUUGAAACACUCAAGUAUUUGAUUGGGUUGGCCAUUGUAACGUUUCUCUGCGGGAACAAAAUGCUCUCUCACGUUGCAGCUAACCGCAAAAGAUAAAAUGUGAUCUUUAGUUAUAAUUUUCAUUCUCAAGCAACCUCAUUUGUCAUUGCUUUACUGGUGUGUAAACUAAUUGUCAACAGAAUCAAACCGACUAGCUUGUAAGACGUCUUUUGUAAAGACCAGGCAAUUUUAGAAACAGUACGUUACAAUUCUGUUUUCAAUUCCUACGAUCUCUAAGAGGCACUAAUAGCUACAAUCACCUUUAUUUUGAUAAGUGUAAUUUUUUUACUUUUAAAGUUCAUAAAAUAUAGAAGUUUUUUUGUGUUA